AUGAAGUUCUCCCACAGUAUCCAGUUCAACGCUGUUCCCGAUUGGAGCAGCAACUACAUCUCCUACAGCAACCUCAAGAAACUUAUCUACACCCUUGAGAAGCAGAUCAACAGGCCGCCGGGCGAGACACAGCCGCAAGAUGAAGAAAGCACCGCUCUGCUGGGCGGCUCGCUCGAUCCGGACACGACGUUCAAGCGCAUGCUGGACUCGGAGUUGGAUAAAGUCUGCUCCUUUUAUAGGUUAAAAGAGCUGGAGAUCUUCGGCGAACUCGACCAGCUUCUGAAAGAUGUCGAGAGCUACAAGGCCGAGACGCAUGAUCUGGACAUGGACGAGGUGGUCGAGGCCGAGAAUCGUCGGAAGGCCGUCCGGUCGUCGAGUAUAUUUAACGUGCCUUUCCGUCGGCGGAGGAGGACGUCGACCAUGAGCAUCAGUAUGGAGGAACCCGAAGGCGAGGAUGACAGCGAUAGUGACGCUGAAGACAAUGCUGCCAUGAUCAGGAAGAAGGCGCCUUCGAACCGGCCAAGGAGUAAAAGCACCUGGAACACAGACACAUCAGACCAUUCUGCACUUGCCGAAUCUCGAGAAGACCUACGAGCGCCAGACUCACCCGUGUUUCUUAGAAGGAGACCGAGCUUGGCCAUGGAACUCGAGGCUUCCGACCCGGGUCAUCUGUCGUCACUGUACGAUUCAGGCAUCAAUUUGAAAAAGCGCAUCAUCAGCAUCUAUGUGUCCUUGUGCGAGUUGAAGUCCUUCAUCCAACUCAACCACACGGGAUUCAAGAAGGCGGCCAAGAAGUACGACAAGGUGUGUAAUCGGGAUAUCCGAAAGGAUUACAUGGAAAAGUCGGUCAAUCCGUCCUACCCGUUCCAAGAAAAGACAAUGAUCCACCUGGAUGAGAAUAUCUCGAAAGUGGAAAAGGCCUACGCCGAAGUCGUCACCAAGGGCGAUCAGAAUAUGGCGCGGAGAGAGCUUCGACUCCAUCUCCGCGAGCACGUCGUGUGGGAGAGGAACACUGUUUGGAGAGAGAUGAUCGGCAUCGAGCGGAAGGCACAAGCAGCCAACUUCGGUAUCAGGCAGACCUUGCUGGGAGGAGUACAGGAUCCAUCAAAGGCACGACUGCAGGGCGAUCGAGAAGCCGUCGACACAAAGGAAAUUGUCACUCCCGUGGGUCGGUAUAGGUGCCCGAAGUGGUUGUUCAGUGGGACCUUGUUCGCUCUUGUCGGUAUCCUGGCGGUGUUCCUUGCCCUGCUUUACAUCCCGAUCAUGAAGAGUCCGGAGCAGCAGAAUUGCUUGGCCAUGUUGAUCUUUGUGUCCUUGCUGUGGGCCACCGAGGUGAUUCCUCUCUUCGUCACUUCUCUACUGAUUCCUUUCCUGGUAGUCGUCCUUCGCAUCAUGCGGUCAGAGGACAAACCCCAUCACCGACUGAACACGAAGGAUGCGACAAAGGCCGUCUUUGCGGCCAUGUGGACACCGGUCAUCAUGUUGUUGCUCGGUGGCUUCACUAUCGCGGCAGCAUUGUCGAAAUACCACAUCGCAAAGAUGAUGGCGACUUUUGUGCUCAGCAAAGCAGGCACCAAGGCUCGCAAUGUGCUCAUCACAAACAUGUUCGUCGGCAUGUUCUUGAGCAUGUGGAUCUCCAAUGUCGCCGCCCCAGUGCUAUGCUUCAGCAUCAUUCAACCCAUACUCCGCAAUCUGCCAUCGGACAGUAAUAUGUCCAAAGCAUUGAUCUUGGGGAUCGCCCUGGCGUCGAACAUCGGUGGUGCCGCCUCCCCCAUCGCCUCACCGCAGAACAUCAUCGCCCUGCAGAACAUGAAACCUUCGCCAAGCUGGGGAAUCUGGUUCUUCAUCGCUUUGCCCGUGUGCAUCCUCAGCAUCAUCCUAAUCUGGCUUUUGUUGGUAAUCAGCUUUAAGCCUGGCAAGGGAACCACGAUCGUGCCUAUCCGACCGAUGAAAGAUAAACUCAAUGGCGUGCAGUAUUUCAUCAUCCUGGUCACGAUGAUCACCAUUGCCCUGUGGUGCGCUUCCCAUCAAUUGGAAAGUGUGUUUGGCGACAUGGGCGUCAUCGCCAUCAUCCCUCUCGUGUUGUUCUUCGGCACGGGCAUUUUGACCAAAGAAGACUUCAACAAUUUCCUCUGGACCAUCAUUAUCCUCGCCGCAGGAGGCCUUUCUCUGGGUCGCGCAGUUUCGUCGUCUGGCUUGCUCCAUUCAAUUGCGAGGAACAUCACCGAACGCGUGGACAAUCUCUCGAUAUAUGGAGUCCUCGUGGUCUUUGCGUCGUUGGUGCUUGUGGUUGCUACCUUUAUCAGCCACACCGUCGCGGCAUUGAUCAUCUUACCCCUUGUGGCACAGGUGGGCGAAAGCAUGAAGGAGCCGCACCCAAAUCUGUUGGUCAUGGGGGCAGCGUUAAUGUGUUCGGCGGCCAUGGGGCUGCCCACGUCGGGUUUUCCGAAUAUGACUGCAAUUAUGAUGGAAGUCCCCGAAACGGGAGUGCGGUAUCUGCGAGUCAAACACUUCUUAACCCGCGGCGUCCCGGCGUCUGUGAUGACCUUUGCCAUUGUGAUUACCGUUGGGUAUGGAUUGAUGAUGGCUGCUGGUCUUUGA